AUGAAUCCAAAUACCAAAGUGGUCGAUGGCGUGAUUGUGACAACGUGCGAGUACCCCCCACCGACCGAAGAGUGGACAGAAAAUUACCAAGAAAUGGGCGGUGACGAGUAUUGGGGUGAAGGCGGCAAAGUCUCCGAGGUUCUAGAGAGUCGCGGGCUGAGUGGUAACAUCAAGCCACUCUUCGCCCUGGAUGCUGAAUCAGGAUCGCCGUACACAUUGUUCGAGCUCGACGGAACCUUCUAUUUUUUUACUGCAGCUGAUGACUCUCUCGAGCGCAUUGACUAUCCUGACAACCUUGGGGAAAUACUCGGAACUAUUGGAGAUCCGGAUGACGGACUUAGUGGAGUUCCAACAACUACAAUCUAA